GUGUCGGUGUCUCUGUUGCCCUGAAGUUGAGCUACAAGUUUUCCUCAGGUCUGUCUGAUGAGCUCAGUUCAUUUAGAAAGUUAGAAAGUGCGAUGAGCGGACAGACGGUCGCUGCGGAUUUGUCAGGACACAUGUUGGACCUGGACGAGGACGAGGACCUAGAGGUUUUCACUAAGAACUCUUCCCUGGCAGAUGGAAGCCCCAUGCCAAAUUCUCCUGGUUCCAUGGUCAACCAGUACAGACUGGAGGAGGAUGAGGAGGACCAGCUGGGUGCCUACACGAAAGACAUCUUUGUCACUGUUGACAACCCAGAGAGUAAUGUCACUGCCAUCGAGACCUUCAUCAUGUACAGAGUUGUAACUAAGACCACACGGAGUGAGUUUGACUCCAGUGAGUAUGAGGUACGACGACGCUAUCAGGACUUCUUGUGGCUCCGGAGCAGACUGGAAGAAAACCACCCAAUGCUCAUUGUCCAUCCUCUUCCAGAGAAAUUUGUAAUGAAAGGCAUGGUUGAGCGCUUCAAUGAUGAUUUCAUUGAGACCAGGAGGAAAGCCCUGCAUCGAUUCCUCAACAAGAUCUCCGAACAUCCUGUCCUGUCCUACAGCCAGCACUUCAAAGUCUUCCUCACUGCACAGGACCUGGUGUCUCAAAGGAAACAGGGUCCAGGCUUCCUGAGCAGGAUGGGGGAGACAGUGAGGGCAGUAGCCAACUCGGUACGAGGUCUUAAGAGCCGACCAGAGGAAUUCACUGUGAUGCAGGACUACAUGGAGAACUUCAGUAACAAGAUCUGCUCUGUGGACAAAGUCACCCAAAGAAUCAUUAAGGAACAACGAGAGUAUCUGGAUGAGCUGAAGCAGUACAGCCCCACCUACACCCAGUGGGCGGAGUCAGAGGAGGAGCUGUCACAGCCACUGAAGGCCAUUGCUAGUUGUGUGGAGCGCUGCAGUAAGGAAACAGAAGAGCAGAUUCACCAUUUGACUGAGGUCCUAGUCCCCACGCUGCAUGAGUACGUCCUCUGUGCUGAGACCGUGAAGGCUGUGAUGAGACGCAGAGACAACGUCCAGGCUGAGUUUGAAGCCAAGAACGAGGCCCUGGUGUCCAGAAAAGUCGACCAAGAAGCACUACAGGAGGAGGUGGAUGGUUUAGCGGACCGGGUGGAGUUGGCCAACAACGCCUUACGUGGAGAUUGGUCCCGCUGGCAGAACGGCAUGAGAACUGACCUCAGAUCGGCCUUUAUUUCCACCGCUGAAAAGAAUGUGGAGCACUACGAGAAGUGUCUGGCUGUGUGGGAGUCCUUCCUCCUGUCUCAGAGAGAAGAAUUCAGCCAGCAAAGAGGGGAAGACGCAUCUUAAAAUAUGGAGAGUAUCAAAAUGUGUCGACUGCCUCAGCUUCCUAAACAACAUGAAGCACUGUGGUGUUUCUACCAGAACCUCCAGUUAAAGACUUUGAACCACUGUCCACUUAAGUAAAAGUGCUUAAUGUAUGAAACAAGCAUUCUCUCUGUCUUUCCACCUUCUAUUUUUCUCUCUGGCCAAAGAGGUUAAUUCCAGUCUCACCAUUCCUGUGAUGACAUCACUAAAACCAGCACUGUGAUCCAAAAAUCCACAGAUUAAUGUUUACACAGAUUCAUUUGUAUUGCCAAAGGUUAAGGUUCUUCUGGCUUCUGUUUUGUGGUCCACAGUUUUUUUCUGUACAUAGCAACUGCACUCUGUGUCAGCAACAUAAUGACACAUUGAAACAUUUUGCUUAAUUUCUUGAUCAUUUAAACAAAUCUGAAAUUAUUUGGCACAGUGCGUUGCCACUCACUGAUAGUAGAGGUGACACAGUGAAUAAACAGACUGUCUACUCUUGGACUGAGUUAUGUGGGUUGGGUUCUAAUUGAACAGUACAAAUCACAUUAGCUUCAUUUGUUUUUGUUUUGGGGUUGUUUGGAAAUUUGUCAGUCAUCAUGCAUUCUUUCUAAUACGCAGACUUCAGAAGAGGCAUCCCUGAACUCAGUCACUUGUGCCCAUGUAGUGCAUCAGCAGCAUCAGUGUGAUGGAUCUAUGUCCCUGUCCAUUAUCUUUCUCAGCUCCUAACCAUAUUGUCAAGUAUUUUCCAAAAAAAAAUCCAGCUCACCUACUUUCAUGGAGCUCAGUUUAUGACAUGGAUCCAGGAGACUUGUCAGUGUAUCAUGGAAAUAAUUUUAUGAUGUGGCUGAAAAGUCAAAAAUCAGCUGAAGGCAGAAGAUUUUAUUUUACUGUUGUUAAAAACUGCUUUCCUGACAAAACAACAGAAUAUACCAAAUGAAUCCCAUCUGUUGCUGCCACGUCACCCUCUGCACCAUGAAUGUUUCCUAAAAUCCUGUUAAACAUACACAAACUUUAGUUUUCACCUUUGCUGUUACAGAGUGCGUAGGAUUCUGUUUAUACUGUCGAGCCGUGCUCAGAUGCCGGCAGAUGCAUGUUUGCUAACAGGGGCUGUCAUUCAUCUGAGUCACAAUUUAUAAUCUAACACAGUGACCAUCCCAGUUUUGAUAAUGUGUGAACUUUUAAUUACAUACACUCGCUUUUGACUGAAAUUAAGUUGCGUCUAUAAUAUAUGCUUGAAUUAAGUAAGUGGAGGGGGCAGAUUUAUGCCAAAAAGUAAACCUGAAACAUUUCAUGACAAAAUGGCUGCCGAAAGGCAUCAAACAUCACAUGAUCACAUCACAUUUACAUGCAUCUAGUUUUGAUAUCGGGCUAAUAUGUGAGAUCAGGAUGGGUAACACAAAGUACUACUGAUCUACCAUUAAUCUUCUGUGGAGAACCCUUGGAUGCUUUAUGAAAUUCACUCAAUGUUCGGUUGCUUCUGAUGAUAGAGCUUUGAAGUUUACAUGGCUGAUGAAGAUGAGCCAGUGGUAAUGUGUUUUUAGCUGAACGCCUAAAUAAUCCUUUUAUAUUCAUAAAGUCUUUUUUUCUUUCUCUCUCUUAUCAUUGUAUGUAAUAUGUAAGAAAAAAAUGUUUUCAAAAUGGAGACAUGAUAAUAAAGAUUGAUCUGACACUAUGAA